GUAGCGAGAGAUGAGUAACAGUUCCCGACUUUCUGCUCUUGCUAUAAAGCUCGGCCAGUAACAAACCCUAGUUUUGGGUUUUCAAUUUCGCCGCUUAGUUUUAGGGUCGGGAGAGUCUUUUUCUACAGGAAUCUAGGGAGUGUAAAUAGUAACCAUGAGUAAGCUUCAGAGUGAUGCAUUGAGAGAAGCCAUCUCUGGCAUCAUGUCAGAUUCCAAGGAGAAGAAGCGAAACUUUGUUGAGACCAUUGAACUCCAAAUUGGCCUGAAGAAUUAUGAUCCUCAGAAGGACAAGCGUUUUAGUGGUUCUGUCAAGUUACCACAUAUUCCUCGUCCUAAGAUGAAAAUUUGCAUGCUUGGUGAUGCACAGCAUGUUGAAGAGGCAGAGAAAAUAGGCUUAGAAUAUAUGGAUGUGGAGGGGCUGAAGAAACUAAACAAAAACAAGAAAUUGGUCAAGAAGCUUGCAAAGAGAUACCAUGCUUUUCUUGCAUCAGAAGCCAUCAUUAAGCAGAUCCCUCGUCUUCUUGGCCCUGGCCUCAACAAAGCAGGGAAGUUCCCGACACUUGUGACUCAUCAAGAAAGUCUGGAGUCAAAAGUUAACGAAACCAAGGCCAUGGUGAAGUUCCAACUGAAGAAGGUUCUUUGCAUGGGAGUUGCUGUUGGUAACUGCUCAAUGGAGGAGAAGCAGAUAUUCCAGAAUGUUCAACUCAGUGUCAACUUCCUUGUAUCGUUGUUGAAGAAGAACUGGCAAAAUGUGAGGUGCUUGUAUCUCAAGAGUACCAUGGGGAAGCCAUACCGCAUCUUCUAAGCAACUUUGGAUUCCUAUUAUUAGAGCUAUGUAGUGAGAUGUAGUGUGAGCAAGACUUCAACUUUUUCUGACAAUUCUCAAUUUCCUUUUUUUUGUUCCAUUCACCCUCGUGGGUUUUUGCUGAAAGCUACUUGAAUUCAAUGUCUGUAAGUUCUUUAUGGAUAUAUUAUUUAAGCAGAUUUCUAUGUUUUCAUCUCUUU